AUGCCACCACAAACACAUCACACCCCGUCUCCAGGGACACCCCCAAACGCCUCAUUCACAAUCGGCUGGAUCUGCCUCCAAUCGCUCGACACCCUCCCCUCCCGCGAAAUGCUCGACCAGACAUACGGCCGAAACCCAACAACGCCACGGCCCGCCGACAAAAACGCCUACAACCUCGGCCGGAUAGGGCGCAAUAACAUUGUGAUGGCUGUGCUCCCCGCCGACAAGCCCGGCCGCAAACCCAGCAUGGCCAUGGCGUCACAGAUCGCCGCAGACAUGAAAGCCACAUUCCCGAACCUGAAACACGGGGUGCUGAUUACGACGGGGAGCGGGAUUCCGUCGGAACAUCAGGAUAUCAGGCUCGGUGAUGUUGUUGUUGGGACGCCGGAUCGCAAUUUCAAGGGCGUGGUGCGGUUUCAGAAGGAUGUCGGGUUUGAGGGUGUCAAGCAGGUUAAGAUGGGAAACACGCCAUAUUCAGGGCUUCUUGUGAACAUAUCAAAUCUGCUUGCCGCGGACCGGAAGCUGGGCAAGGCGAGUAAGUUCCAUGAGUUUCUUCUGACACUGUUUCAGCAUUGGUAUCCGGAGAGAAAGGAGGGGCAUUCGUAUCAAGGAAACUCCUACGAUAAGCUCUUUGAUGCCGGCCACGGACAUGUCAACUCGAACGACCAGCAUUGCGUGUCCUGUGACCCGAACAAGAUCAUCGGCAGGGAAGAGAGGAAGGACUCUCAUCCGGCUGUUCACCUUGGGACGAUAGCUUCGUCGGACGACCCGGUUGCAGACCCUGGCGUGCGCCGGCUUUUGGAGAUGAAGUUCGGUGCGAAGGCAAUACAGGUCGGGGCUGCAGGGCUGGGGGAUGAGUUUCCUACACUUAUUAUAUGUGGUAUCAAGGACUAUGCGGACUCGCAUAGGAACGAGCACUGGGAUAGAUAUGCGUCGGCUGCUGCGGCGGCGUAUGCACGGGAGCUGUUGCUUCCUCUUGGGCCACUCCAUCAGGAAUAA